GUCGUGCAAUGGACCGCUGUGCAAGAAGAAUAUGAUGAUCGUGUUGGAACUGCUAUUGCAACCAUUGGAUCGAAUCUUCCAGAUGUCGGAAGGAAUGUUCGUGAUCUAGCACACUUUAUGCCGGAGAGAAGAAGAGAUGAUCUGGUGGAAGCAACUCGUAAGCUAUGUGGAGCAUUUGGCGAUUUUCUACAUGCUGUCAAUCCUGAGCAUGAGGAAAAGAGAACCACCGUUUUGGCAGCGGCCGGACGAGUUGGCGAUUUCUCGCAACAGGUGAUCAACACCAUGGACGAGCCUACACAUGAACAAUCUUACUUCCACGAUCAUCUCGUCCAAAAAGCUAAGAACGUGGCCACCAGCACCGCACAACUCGUCCUGAGGUGA